AUGUUCAAGGAAAUCCAUUCAGCAAACGGAAAAUCAGAUGAAGGCAGGUAUGUAAAAAAUCAUUCUUCUCCUAAAACAAGAGGCAGUUUGCUCUUUGCAAAUUUUUGUCUAGUAGGAUUUUAAUCCCUUAUAUCGUCAAACGUCGUACUAAGCUUGCUCGACGGCAUUUGUUUUACUACAUCUAUGUAGACAGCAUAUAUAGAUUGAGCGCCCUCACGCUGCUGUGGAGCGCACGGUGAACAUCGUCGAAACCGACGGUCGGGCUGUUAUAUGGCUCAAUUUCAUUGUAUGCUAAUAUUUUUAGAUGAACAAGCUAACGCUCACGUCACGUGGGCGAUACAGUAGGUGGGCUAACUCAUGAAAUGUCAACUAAAAUUCCGAAAUGAGUUUUCGUUUCGAAAAGAUUAAUUAAGUAGGGUUGUAAAACUAGUCAGACUGCAACAUAAUUCUAUAUUAUUUCAGAUACCUCAGGAUGCCGGCUUUGGAUGAACUUCCUUUCGGCUGCAUGCACACGCUACACUCUGUAACAAAUGGCUACUUAAGUAACAUGAGUUUUUCUAUUUGAUUUUUGAUGCCCUUAACGUCCAAUUAUAUUUCAUGGAAAACAUGUACAAAAUCUUCAUUCUUUUGUUCAUUCGGUAGAACAUUACGUCUUCUUCCAAUCUUAUACUCGAGGGAAGGGUAUAACUCGGUUUUCAGAAACUUUUCCAUAUCCCGAAUAAUUUUGAACCCGCUCUACCAUCACAAUUGGAUUCGGGGUUUUCAAACCACAAGCCGUAUAUUUUCCGUGUACGAAAAACCACACGAUUCUCUGCGGUACUAAAGGGGGACUAUAUAGGGUUCACAAGAUUUAGCAGUGGAUUUGAUCCAUAUUGUUAACUUUACAAGCCACGUUGGUAAACGCAGAGACAUGACGAUUUAUGAACGGGCAUUUCACGGUGUUUAAAAGUCCCACAAUUAGAAACGUUUUGAAAACCAAAUUAUAUCCCUCCUUCGAGCACAAAAUUAGAAGAAGACGUAUUUAUCUACCGAAUGAGCGAAAGAAUGAAUAAUCUUAUGCACGUUUUUCAUGAAAUAGAAUUAAACUAUUAGAAACAUCGAAAAUCAAUGCGAAAUGUCCAUGAUACGUAAGUAGUCAUUUUUUUAAAGAGUGUAGUUUUUACAUGCAGCCGGAAGGAAGUUCAUUCGAAAGCCGGCAUCCUGAGGUAACUGAAAUAUUACAGAAUUAUUUUGCAGGCUGACAAGUUUUACAACCCUACUAAAUUAAUCUUUUCCAAACGAAAACGCAUUUCGGAAUUUUGGUUGACAUUUCAUGAGUCAGCCCGCCUACUGCACAUUCUUCUGUGUGCCGAAAACGUAAGGGUCAACUAAAAUAGCGGCCAUUUGGAGCAGGAUUAAUCAAUGUGAGUGGUAAUGUGGUACAGAGGACGGUUAGAUGAUACUUGGUAGCCCUCCUGACACCGCAAACUCCCAGCUGCCUGUCAAUCGGGACCGGUGGUAAUAGGGGCCAUACGGGUGGGACAAUUGAGUGGACGGGUAAAUGGCGAUUGUAGUAUAUGCUAGGAAUUGAUGCUCCAGGUAAAGUGGAAGCCUAAUUUAGAUAAGGUGAAACAUACAGGGAAGGUAUGGGAAUGAGCAAGGAGACUUUGAACGGUGUGCGGAAUAAAUGCAUCCUAGCCUCAGAUAGGAAAGAAAAGCAAGUGAUGGCGAACAACCAAUGGGAAGAAGGCAACUGGUCCGAAGGUCAUUCCGCAGUGUGUGCGACAGAACUCUAUCCAACAUAAUGGACAGAAGAACACGAGACUCAAGCAGCGGCACGCGGGGCGCCACAACGUAAGCUGGGUAAGACUUUUAUGCGAAAAAUUGGUUUGGGCAGAAGAGAAGAUCCGCAAAUAAUGAGACAGUCGAAAGCUACCUCUGCUUAUGAAAGUUGAUAAAGGGUAAGCCUCAUUGUCAUCGUUACUGGUGCCAAUCCGCCCAAGAUAGUACCUCUACAAUGAAUGAGGCAGUCAAAAGCUACCUCUUCUUAUGAAAGUUGAUGUAGGGAAAGCCUCAUUGUCAUCGUUACCGGUGCCAAUCCGCCCAGGAUAAUACCUCCACAAUGAAUCUGGUACAGGUAAUACAGCGUAAAUUUAGAAGCAUAAUGAGAACGUAAUCAUAGCUACUGAAAUCAAGCCAGUAGGUGCAAUUGUGGAUUCUGUGGGCACGGCAGCCAACUACCUCCUCUAAUGAAAGUUGACAUAAGGUAAGCCUCAUUGUCAUCGUUACCGGUGCAAAUCUGCCCAGGAUAGCACCUCUAAAAUGAAUCUGAUACAGGUAAUACAGCCUGCGCGUGAAUUAAGAAGCAUAAUGAGAACGCAAUCACAGCUACUGAAAUCGAGCCAGUAGGUACCAUUGGAGAGUCUGUGGGCACGGCUACCAACUAUCAUCUUACCCAGAGGACAUUAAUCAGAAGAAUGAAUCGAAGAAGAAUACGACCACGAUCACAAGGAAAGAUGCUGAUGAAGAAAAGCGCUGCUUCAAUUUGUCUGUUUACGACAAAAACAGAUUGACUGGUGUGUCUUUCUCGUGGUAGGUGACCCUAGACUAGGGCGCUUUUCCGAGACUGUUAUUAGGAUCGCCAGUGCUACGCGUUUGCAACCUCCGAUCGUUGCCCACCUAUGAUGUGAAACUGCCCUAGCGAACAUCCAUUUUUCUCCUUUUCCUUUAAAGCGUCUUCGAUUAGUGUCUUAAAUUGGUAAUCGCAGGGCAGUUGGGGCUAUCACGGCAGGUGUGGGGUAUAAAACCAUGAGUCAGCUGUGUGUGCAUAUGCUGAUGGGAAUAUGUCUUGUGCUUGUGUGCCGGUGUACAGAUGGACAACUGCAAACCACUGGCACGAGGCGCAUCCUUCAAUUCAACAGUUAUCCUCUCCUGUGUCAUAAAAAUAGCUGUGUCCGAACUCUAUCCCAAAGAGUCUAAACACACAGAAGGGUGACAUGUUAUGUGGGCGCGCUGGCGAGCGCAGGAGCAGACUGAGAUGGUGAAUGGUCAGUCCCACGAAAAAUAACAUUUCUGUUCACUAGUAGUCGGCAUAGAGCCCAUUAGGCGUGUCUUCAUGGGUUAACCUUAAAUCCAUGAAGCUAAUCUUAAAAUCCUAACCGUACCUUGAACCCCGGAACUCGACUUUGUGACCUUGACACUUGUCCCUACCUUAGUCCAUUAACUUGACCUUAGACCACCAACCCUGAUAAUAACUUUAUAACGCUAACCCUAAUCCUUUUUGUGAAAACCAAGCCCAAAAUGUAACCUGAGAAGCCAUAUCACUUAUUCUAAAAUAGUAACCCUGAUUUUAGUUAUAGAGCCGGUGUACAACUGGACAACUGCAAACCGCAGUAUUCUGAAAAUCCACCGGCACGAGAGAGAUAUUAAACCUCAACAGCAACCAUCCUAUGUCUCAGAGACGUAGCUGUGUCCACACUCUAUUCCAAGGAGUCGAAACACACUGCAGCAGGCCAGUAGAUAAAAGAUCCAAACGAAUGUAUCUUGAGAAUAAAGGCGAAAUUUCGAGUUUCAGGUGUAUGCAUAAGUGAAGAAGAAGAUUCCAGCACCGGAACACUUUGCUUCUUCAGAACCUCUUUGCAGCCCAAGGUUAUUCCAGACAUUUUAUCGAGAAAAGCAGACGUCGGGCGCACAGACCACGGCCAAAUGAUCAGCAAUCCGAAGUCUGGAGGACCAUUCCCUACGUUUAAUGAGUCUCAAUUGUUACAACCCGUCACAAUAGGUAUUGCCAAUCGAGCCCAGGAAACACUAUGACGCCGUCUGAUGCAACCUAAGGACACACUACCAUCCGCCGAAAUCUCAGGAGUUGUCUGCAAAAUAAAUUGCAAUGAGGGAGACUGCAGUUAUGUUGGGGAAACCAGGCGGAAAUUGUAGACCCGCCUACAAGAAUACAAAUCGGCGACUUGGAGGCUAGAUCCAAACUCUCAGCUAGCAGCGCAGGCUGGAGAAACUGGGCAUACUUUCAAUCUCCAGAAACCUACCAUCUUAGGCAGGGGCAAUGUAAAAGCAGAAAGGUUAAUUCUCGAGACUUGGUACUCCGAUGCCAACUUUAUCAAUAGGCAUCUGGACCUUCCUGAAGCUUACAAAGUCAUAUGUAAUCACAAUCGUAAAGCUCAGGACCAUACGGAGACAGCCUGACGGUGAGUUUACUCGGUCAGGAAGAACAAGAACCGCCGGACCGACCACCCAACACUGGUUCAAUCACCUCCCCCCGACGGAGUGGUGACUCACAAAGCACUCAGGCAAAACGCUCAUCAACCAUCCCCCGAGAGGCCGAGGCAGCGAGAGGAGAGAAAAAUCGAUCAGCAUGAGGCCGAUCUACGUGGAAUGCCACUUGGAAUUACUGGUCGACUAAGUGAAUUUUACGCAUUGACAAUGGGGAUCCGACCAAGCUCUUCAAGAAGUCAGCAUCUAAAUAAACCCGUUCCGGUGAGUCUGUCUUUUUUUUCAAAUAUUACAUGGCCUUGAGAGUCUUGAGCGUCCUGACGCCUUUUGGUUCUGACCUUUGUUUUUUUGAACCGAUCUCAAAAGGUUCAAAAGUUGCUGGACAAAAACCUGAUUGAUACUAAAACCGCACUAUUCCUAAAACCGAGGGGCACACAUAUCCCCAGAAUCUAUGAUAAACCAAAAAAGCAUAAAAAGAACACACCUUUACGGCCAAUUCUCUCUAUGUCUAAUUCACCUACACACAGACUAGCAAAAUGGCUUGUAAAGGAGAUAGAACCAAUUCGACAAUGGUUUUCCACCUAUACGAUAAAAGACUGUCUUCACUUCAUUGAAGAAAUUAAGGACCAGAACAUCGCCGACAAGUGUAUGAUCUUUUUAGAGGUUGAAUCCUUAUUUACAAAGGUACCAUUGGAUGAAGCAAUAGAUGUUAUAUGCGCCCAUGAGUCCGAAAGUCGACUGUCCCCCGAUAUACUACGCGAUCUGUUGGCACUUUGCACCAAAGAUGUUCAACUUCUGUUUAAUGGGGAACUUUACAGACAAAUUGACGGAGUCGCAAUGGGUAGUCCUCUCGGGCCAACCCUCGUCGACAUUUUUAUGGGUUACCUAUAAGAAAAGUUGUCAUCAAAAUUAAAAAUGACAACAUUAUACAGGCUAUACGUGGAUAAUACAUUCACGAUUGUUGACAACAAGGAAGACGCCGCCGACCUUAUUUGUCUGAGGAAUAAUUUGCAUCCGAAAAUCAAAGUUCCAAUAGAAAUGGAGAAGUUUAACACGUUACCCUUCCUGGACGCCCUCAUGUUUAGAUAGGAUGAUGGUUUGAUAAGACGCUCCGUCUUCCCUAAGAUUACGUGGAAAGGGCAAUGCUUACAUUUUAAAAGCUUUGCGUCAAUACAAUGAAAACGAAAUCUAAUACAUACUUUUUUUCAAAGAGCGACAAAUAUUUGCUCCAGGGAGACCAUAGAUACGGAACCUGCCCGCAUCAAAGUAGCCUUAUUUAAUCGUGGCUAUCCUGCACGCUUAAUUCAGAAGCACAGCAACCAUUUACGGCCAAAGUUGACGGAACAUUCUGUUCCAAAGAAGCCCGUUAUAAUAUGUCUACAUUUUAAGGUUGACAACGUCUCAAACGCAAUGGAGCGACGCUUGCGUUGCACCAUAGAAAGAACGUACAACGCAGCAGAAUUUAUCUUCAUCAGUGCCACAAAAAGUCUUCCAAUUAACCGGGCAAAGGAUGCCUUGCCAAUGCACGCCACCCCAAAUUUCGUGUAUGAAUUCGCAUGCACUUGCGGAUGCAGUGCAUUGGGCGAACGCAAAGGCAACUGGCAACCAGGACCGCUGAGCAUUUGCCUAAUUGGCUUUCAAACAGGAAAAACCCCCAGUUCGUCUAUAAAGAAACAUCUGUUAGAUAGCGGUCUUGUUAUAGGUCCUAAAACAUCUUUCCGAGUACUUGUCCGAGCGCAUAAACUCGAACAUUGCGUCAAUUGGAAGCAGCUUACAUACGGAGGGAGAAACCAGACCUGUGCAAGCAGUUAGACCACGUGAUCAAUCUUCAAUUGCCCUGGUAACCUUCAUGCCUCAAGUUACUCGUGACUGUGAUUCGUUGUUAACAUCCCGUUUCCCUCUUUCCUGUAUGAUGCUUAUGGGAACGUCUUUCAUCUGAUUAUUCAUUGCCUUGCUCUUAUGCACUGUCAUUCUAUACAAAUUCAUAUUGCUGUGCACUUCCAUUCGUUACCUAUGUUAUGCAGAAACGGGCUCCAGUUGAUAAGCCGUCAUGAAAUUUAUUGGCCUCAAUAACUUCUGCUGUACAUGCCUGUUUUCAACUGAAAAUAGAGCAAAAGUUUUGCUGUGCUAGGUUCGAAUGACGAAUAGCUGCCUGAUCUUGGUCUUCCCUGCCAUCUGUUGUCCUCAGAUCAUCAGAGAGAACUUCAUUCACAGAAACGGUCGGUGACUCGACUCACAGUGGUAAGGCCAAAACGUAAUGUCAUUCACUCUUGAACUGGUUUAACUCUAACCGUAAACUUCGACACGAAACCCCUCCGCAACCUCAAUCCUAGGUCUAAACCUAUACCGAAGAUAAAGGUUUUAAACAGUGAAUUAUCUUGCUUUUGGAAAGGCUCAUUACGCAAAUGAAAAUGAAAACAGACAGAAAUAGUUCCUUGGCAUCUGUUGUAAAGGGGAUCUGGGACCCAAAUAGUCUGACGCCUGCUCUGCUGCAAGUCGCAGUCAUUCGCUUCACCUCCCAAGGUUACAUCGGGCAUUAACUUUGUGUGAUAUCACCGUGGGACCAAGUAAACAUAAACAUCCAUUAAAAUAAUUAUUUUUCUUCGAUUUGGAAUGGGGUUAUCUCAAGGACGAUGAAUAAGGUAUCCAGGAGCUCAUUUACGAAGCACCUAGUGGACACGGGCCACACGCUGAACCCAAUGACUGCAUUUAAGGUCCUAUUUCGGGCGAAGACUGUGCGUCUCCUGCGCUUUGCCGAGGCCGCUGCAAUGCGGAGGGGAAAACCGGAACUUUGAAAGCAGCUGGAUCAUGUGAUCACCCUCGCAUUGCCAUGGUAAGGAUCGACAAUGACAUAACCCCAUUCCCACACCCGUCCUCCGAUUCCCCUCCCCCCCGCAUGAUGGAAUUUUAUUCACGCCUGACAGGUUUUCACCGUAAAGAAAACUCGCAUGUUUAGAAAACUUCUCUCCCCCUCUGUCCCCCUUGCCAUGCGCACCCAUGACCAACAGUCUAUGUUUUAUUUACCUAUCAUGUUUCAUUCCACAAGGUCUAUCUCUGAUUGAUCAGCUCACCUUAUCUUAUAAAUACGCACUGACCGUGUGAAGUUGAAUAAGGGGUCACGAAAUUUGAUGACGUCAAUAAAUUAUGCACGUUUCGUCGCCUUUGUCUUUUCAAAAAUACUUUCGUCCUCAAAAAUCAGGAAUGUCAUAAGUAACCUUUUCGAAACAGUCUGUUCAGUACUUCAUCAGUGGUCAAUAAACUUCUUGGUGCAAAUAAAGCUUUAAAGUAUCCACAUAUAGCAUUUGCCUAGCCUUACUGCAGUUCAGUAAAUUUGGUUGUAAUAGAUAGAGCAUUUGAAGACACAACGUGCUCCUGAAGUGCCUUUUGAAAAUAACGUUAAAUGUCUCAACUAUUUGCGGUGCUAACACUAAACAUGGACUCGGAUGAUCUAAUUAGUCACAAAAAUAAGGUUCACUCGCGGAAUUCCAUUCCCUGCUGCAGGCUAUUCAGUGGACAUCUCCUUCGUCGCAGUCAGCAGAUCAGAGCACUGCUAGAAGGGAUGGGAGCGAUCCGCGGUUCACAUAUAUCUCUCGUGAUGUGCCCCCUUUAGGUUUUCGUGGGAGUAUCAUAGUCCAUGUUCUGCUGCUGCUGCUGCUGCUGCUGCUGAUGAUGAUGAUGAUGAUGAUGAUGAUGAUGAUGAUGAUGAUGAUGAUGAUGAUGAUGAUGAUGAUGAUGAUGAUGAUGAUGAUGAUGAUGAUGAUGAUGAUGAUGAUGAUGAUGAUGAUGAUGAUGAUGAUGAUGAUGAUGAGGAUGAUGAGGUCCAGCCGCCUGAAUACAGAGCAAAACGUGGAGACCAACCUUUGAGCUUUCUGUUUUUCGCGUCGGCUUUCUCAUGA